AGGCUGCAGCUACUUAUCCGUUCUCUUCUCCCUGAAAAGAUCAACAAACCCAUCUCCAGCCCACAAGGCCACAGGCUAGAUCUGACCGACCGUCCAUGCAUGGCUUCCCUGUGCAUGUUUACCAUCAGCAGCACCCCACAUGUUCCGCAGGGCUGCAGGCGACGAUGUAGCGACGCCGUGUCGUCUAGGCCGAGAUCCUACCUCGUCUGCCAAAGUCACCUCCCGUCCGGGCCGCCGGCAAGCGGCGGCGGCGGGGGAGGAGGUGGUGAGGAGAAGACGACCCCGUGGUGGGCUGCCACGGCCGAGAGGCUGCGCGGCGACGUGGUGAAGGCCGGGAUGGCAGCGCGGGAGAGCCUGAGCCCCAAGCAGAAGGGGGACUGGAAGGACGUCACGCUCAUGAGCUUCUCCUUCGCCGUGUACGUGUACAUCUCUCAGAAGCUCGUGUGCACGUACUGCGCUUGGCUCUCUAUGAUUAACCACUGACUUGGUGCUGUAAUCAUCUAUACCGUUGCUGAUCUUCAAGGUAGAAAAGAUCGUUGCUGUUAGUUGCAUAUGGAUGCUGUACCUGUAGUAUAUUUAGAUCCAAAUCCAAUAAAGCCUCAAUUUCCAUU